GCAAAGCGUAGCACUCACCAUCACUGCGAUUGACCAAUCAAAAUGGCGGAUGCAGCAGUGUAAGAAAUUUUGUAAUGAACGAGCGGAGCAUGUGGAAAACUAAAACACAUUCUAGAGCAUGAGCAUCCAAUAUAAUUUAUAUAGUAAGAGCAUGGGAGAAACUUCUGGAACUGAACACGAGCAAUUUAUGAGGCAUAUAAGAGAGCGACCAACGCUAAGAUGGACAGUUACUAUGUAAAGAAAAGUCGUCGGUGAAUAAAUUUUUGCACCAAUUAAUAUAGUAGAGUGUGAAAAUUAUGAGCCAAAUCAUUGUGUAUAGUAGAGAACACUAUAAUUUCUUGAGUAAUAAAUAAAUGUUGAUUGAAUUCUUUACAAUUAAGAAAUUUUACAACAAAUUUGUUGAUUUUUAUUUAACAAUCCAGUGAAGCCACCUUGAAGCUUGAAAUUACCAGUCGACGGGGGACAGUAAUGGUUUUCCAAAAAUAAUGGCUGAUAUAGAUGGAGAAGACCCAAAAGAGUAUCGCUGGGAAACCGGUUACGAAAAAACAUGGGAAGCUAUAAAGGAAGAUGAUGAUGGUCUACUUGAUGGGGCCAUUGCGGAAAUUAUACAAAAGGCCAAACGAAAGCGGCAGGCCCAAAAAACACAGCAGAACCGCUUGGGAAUGAUGAGGCACUUGUAUGUUGUACUUGAUUGUUCAGAAUCAAUGACUGUUCCGGAUUUGAAGCCUACCCGAAUGUUGUGCACAAUAAAACUGCUGGAAUUGUUUAUAGAAGAAUUUUUUGAUCAGAAUCCCAUCAGCCAAUUAGGUUUAAUAGUCUUGAAAGGCAAACGUGCUGAAAAGCUCACUGAACUAACUGGUACAUCGAAGUUACACUUGAAAGAAUUGGAAGGCCUUAGUAAGAUACCACUAACUAGCGAACCUUCUUUGCAAAAUGGACUCGACUUGGCGAUGAAGGCGUUAAAAGUUGUGCCAAGUCACGCUUCGCGGGAAAUACUCAUAAUUAUGGGAUCCUUAACCACUUGCGAUCCUGUUGAUAUUAACACUACAAUUGACGCUCUUAAAGCAGAUAACAUACGCUGCUCGGUCAUAUCGCUUUCUGCUGAAAUACAUGUUUGUCGACAUUUAACGCAACAAACUCAAGGCUCCUACGGCGCUGUACUAGAUGACGCUCAUUAUCGUGAUCAAUUGCUAGCCCACGUUGAUCCGCCACCAGCGGCGCAAACGCAAGAAAAUUCUUUAAUAAAAAUGGGUUUCCCGCAUGCUAAGACCGAUGGUGGCAAAGAUCCACCACUUUCCAUGUGUAUGUGCCAUAUUGAAAAUACAGAAGAACCCAGCAAGCUCACAUCUGGUGGCUAUCAUUGCCCACAAUGCUAUAGUAAAUAUUGUGAGUUACCAGUGGAAUGCCAAACCUGUGGAUUGACUUUAGUAUCGGCACCCCAUUUGGCUCGUUCCUAUCAUCAUUUAUUUCCUGUACAGCAUUUUACAGAACUGGAAUUUAAUGGACAAGCGGCGAAUUGUUAUGCGUGUCAGAAACCUUUAACCGAAGCAACAGAUAAACAUGUUUAUCGGUGUGAGAAGUGUUCGCAAGUCUAUUGCAUUGAUUGCGAUAUAUUUAUUCAUGAGACCCUGCACACAUGCGUCGGCUGUAAUACAGGAAAUCCAAAUGAAAAGAAAUAAUGUUGCUACAACAAACAAAGUAGUUUAUAUGCAUAGUACAUAUGUAUCAUUAUUUGUAUUAAAUUUUAAUUGAGUUUGAAAUACAUAUUUUUGCGAAUUCCAAAUUCAAUCUCCCUACGG